ACAAGGAGAGCAACGCUGUGCGCAAGCGCGGCUAUAUAUGCGUUCCCGUGUCUUCAAUAAACGCUUCUUCGUGUGGUGAUCACGGUGUGCAUUACGCUCGAUACAUGGUGUCAGAAGUGUAGCUCGCUCACGGACCAUGACCGACCUACCCCCGCCUGAGCCACUGCAAGUGGGCGACAACGCAGCGGCGUCCUGGCAGACAUUCAAGCAACGCAUCGAGCUGUACCUGAUAGCAACGGAGCCCACGAAGCCACGCAGUAAGGAGCAGAAAGCUGCAAUUUUUUUGCAUGUUGCGGGUCAAGAAGCUAUUGACGUGUUUAAUACCCUGAACCUAUCACCGGAGGAAGCUAAUGACUACGACGCGUUGGUUAAAGCGUUUGAAAACUACUGCUUGCCUAAGCGUAAUGAGACUUACGAACGCUAUGUGUUCCGCUCGCGUCGUCAGGCACACGGAGAGCCAUUUGAACAGUUCUUUCGGGAUCUGCAACUAAAAGCAAGAACGUGCAACUUUGGGGAUUUGCGAGAUUCCAUGCUGCGGGACCAAAUCGUGUAUGGCAUUUGCAGCACUUCCCUGCGAGAAAAACUUCUUCGAAAGAAAGACCUGACGCUGGUUACAGCAGUAGAAUGCUGCAAAGCUGAGGAACUUGCCGAAUCGCAAAAUAGGGCGUGGAUGGAGGAAAACAAGAUUGAACCUGUUUCACGAACGCAAGCGAAACGCGGACGCCAAAAAUGCCGGUACUGCAACUUCUCGCACGCGCCAAGGAAGUGUCCGGCGUUCGGCAAGACAUGCAACAAGUGCACGAAGCCUAAUCACUUCGCCGCCUGCUGUACAAGCAAGCGAGCAGCCGUUGAUGACGUGUUCGAAGGAGCGGAGAGUGACAGUGACUUCGACGUUCUGGAGAUCAGCACGACGGAAAGUAAGCGUGGCCCCGAAAGUCGCGACUGGAUUAUAACAACGAACAUUGAAGGAACUGAUGUGCAGCUGAAGGUCGAUACGGGAGCGCAGGCUAACUUGUUGCCGCGUUCGCUGUUCAAAAGGCUCGGAACUAAGCAGCAGCCGUACCCCACGAGGAGCAUCCUGCGCCAUUAUGGGGGUGGCGAAAUACCACACAGUGGCAAGGUUCGCCUCGCCGUGCAGUUAGACAAACGGCGUGUGCUACUUGAGUUCUUCAUAGUAAAGAAGAAGCAAGCCAUUCUGGGCCUCGGGGCAAGUGAGCAACUUGGUCUGGUCAACAGAGUGAACGCGGUGGACAGCAGCGAGGCAUAUGGAAGCCUAAAGCCGGCAUUCCCGAGGUUAUUCACUGGUAUUGGCAGGACGCGGUGCGAGUACAAAAUGGUGCUUCGAGAGGACGCUGUCCCUGUGGUACAGCCAACCCGGCGUGUACCUUUCGCCCUCAAGAAGCCACUUAAGAAAGAACUUGACCGGAUGAAUGCUGCAAACAUCAUCGAGAAGGUGGAAGAACCAUCAGACUGGGUAAGUCCCCUGGUUAUCGUGAGGAAGAAAAAUGGGGACUUAAGAGUAUGCAUGGACCUG